CGAUUUUAUAUUUCACACGGUUAAACCGUUUCUCUCAGCUCCUCUCGCUCUCGCUCUCUCGGAUUCUUUCUGCUAAUCGAAAACCAGACGACAGAAGAAAAAGCGACACAAGAGGAGGAGGGAGAAAACUCGACAACGAAGACGAGAAAGUCAGAUUCUCGUGCCGCGAACUCAAAUCAUUUCGUCUCAUUAGCAGAUCGAUCGCAAAUGAACAAUAUCCGCCGCCGCCUCCGCCGCAAUUGACGGCGGUGUCUUUCGUUUGUGCGUAAUAGAAGGACGAGCAGCAGCAGGAGAAGAAGUCAGCUUAAUAACGUCUCUCUUUGAUUUGACUUGAGAUAAAUAUUUUGGCAUUGUUGAUAUCUCUGCGUCGAAGAAAUGUAAAAUGCUUGCGAACUGGAAGGAAACCACACACAGAUUGAUUGAAACUUAGGGGGUCUCAAAGGUGUAUAGUAUAUGCUUUUAAAGUAUAUAUAUAUAAUUAUGGAGUCAGGAUCAGAGAAAAAGUUUCCUCUCGAUGCAAAAGACUACAAGCUACAUGAAGAAAUCGGAGAUGGUGUUAGUGCCACUGUGUACAGAGCUUUGUGCAUACCACUUAACGAGGUUGUUGCCAUCAAGGUUCUUGAUCUCGAAAAGUGCAACAACGACCUGGAUGGGAUACGGAGAGAGGUGCAAACAAUGAGUCUGAUCAACCAUCCGAACGUGUUACAAGCUCAUUGCUCAUUUACCGCUAGGCACCAGCUAUGGGUUGUGAUGCCAUACAUGGCUGCAGGAUCCUGUCUCCAUAUAAUAAAGUCUUCUUAUCAAGAUGGAUUUGAGGAACCUGUUAUCGCUACUUUGCUCCGUGAGACUCUGAGAGCUCUUGUAUAUCUUCACGCUCAUGGACAUAUCCAUAGGGAUGUGAAGGCUGGUAACAUAUUAUUGGACUCCAGUGGUACCGUUAAGUUAGCAGACUUUGGAGUAUCAGCUUGCAUGUUUGAUACAGGAGAUAGACAACGUUCCAGAAAUACAUUUGUUGGGACUCCAUGCUGGAUGGCUCCUGAAGUCAUGCAACAACUACAUGGAUAUGAUUUCAAAGCAGAUGUUUGGUCAUUUGGAAUAACGGCACUUGAACUGGCUCAUGGUCAUGCCCCAUUUUCCAAGUAUCCGCCAAUGAAAGUUUUGCUGAUGACCUUACAAAAUGCACCUCCUGGACUUGACUACGAGAGAGAUAAAAGAUUUUCAAAAGCCUUCAAAGAAAUGGUGGGUAUAUGCCUAGUCAAGGACCCAAAGAAGCGUCCAACUUCAGAAAAGCUUUUAAAGCACCCUUUCUUCAAACAAGCACGUGCACCUGAUUACAUGGCUAAAGCAAUUCUUAAUGGUCUUCCUCCAUUAGGGGAACGCUAUAGAACGAUAAAGUCAAAAGAAGCUGAUCUUCUAAUGCAAAACAAGUCUGAAUACGAAGCACACUUAUCACAGCAAGAAUACAUUAGGGGAGUAAGCGCUUGGAAUUUCAAUCUCGAGGACCUAAAGAAUCAGGCUGCUCUUAUUUCAGAUGAUGAUAGUUCACAUGCGGAAGAGCCUGAUUUCAACAGAAAGCAAUGUGAAAUACAAGAUGAAUCUGCUAUUUCCCCUGAAAGGGCUAGCAGCUCAGAAACAGCUCCUAGUCAGGAUGACGAAUUGAACGACAUUCAUGAUUUAGAGAGUUCUUUCGCCUCUUUUCCUAGCAAACCUCUUCAAGCACUCAAAGGCUGCUUUGAUAUCGACGAGGACGAGGACAAUGAAACUAUUGGAACUCAGGCGCACACCACGAAAGAAGAGGAUACUGCAGCACAGAUCUCUUCUUUACCACGUCAUGUAAUUUCUGAACAAAAGAAAUAUUCGAGCGGUUCAAUUUUACCAGAAGGCACUUUCUCUCCAAAAAGAACCUCAUCCGAUGCUGAGAGGGAUUUUCAACAGCGUAAAUAUCAAACAGAGCGGAGCUACAGUGGAUCAUUGUAUCGCACUAAGAGAGAUACUGUGGACGAGACGUCAGAAGCGCCGUAUGUGGAGCACAAGGGACGGUUUAAGGUCACAUCAGCUGAUUUGAGUCCCAAGGGAUCUACAAACUCUACAUUCACACCGUUUGGUGGUGGUUCAAGCAGCCCGAGCUCCCUCAAUGCAACGGCUGUUUCAAUCCUCCAGUCGAUUUUGCAGCAAAACGCCAUGCAACGGGAAGAGAUUCUGAGACUAAUUAAAUACGUGGAGCAAACCUCUGUCAAGCAAUCUGGAUCACCCGAGACAAACCUCAAUGAGCUAUUGCAGACGCCUCCUGCAACUCUACGGGAGAGAGAACUUCAGACCCAACUCAUGCUACUGCAACAAAGCUUCUUGAGCCUAACAGAAGAAGUAAAGAAACACAAGCAGAGGAAUGGGCAGUUAGAGAAUCAGCUAAACGUGUUGACACAGAGAAACGAUUAAGUCUCGCAAGUCAUCGAGACAACAGAACAUAAGCGCAGGGAAGAGACGGGAGAUUUGUGUUUAUAUAUUUUUACUUGUUGGGUGUAAUUUAUUUGACACGUUCAUAUAUUAUGUGACACAACUACUACAAUGUUUGUCUAUUGUCCUUGUGCCACCUAUGUAGUUUAUGAUGUGCUAUAUAUAUAUCACAGCGCUUGCAUUAA